AUGAUGCCACCUGACAAAGCCACCUCAGAUGCUCCAGUCUUCCAGUUUACUAACUGCUGGAUUUUGAAGAAUCAUGAGCUGCAAAGGUGAGCGUGUGGGGGAGAUGCUUUGCUUCUUGUUGUCUGCGAUGGCCUUAAGGUGUGUAGCCAUAGUUGAGAGUAAUCAUAGUACAGUGGUACCUCAGGUUAAGUACUUAAUUCGUUCCGGAGGUCCAUUCUUAACCUGAAACUGUUCUUAACCUGAAGCACCACUUUAGCUAAUGGGGCCUCCCGCUGCUGCCGCGCCACCAGAGCACGAUUUCUGUUCUCAUCCUGAAGCAAAGUUCUUAACCUAUUUCUGGGUUAGUGGAGUCUGUAACCUGAAGCGUAUGUAACCUGAGGUACCACUGUAUGUCCUGGAUCCAGUGACAUGGCAAACUGAGGCUAAUAAAAAAUGGAAUCAAAAUCUUCUGAACUCUUCCUUGUGGCCAUGCCAGAGUGGGAGGAUGUGCAUGUGAGCCUUUGUGGCUUGUUUUUGUAACACUAAACUAUGGUUUAUACUUACAUCUGAACCAGCCUUGUAUGUUUACAUGUACCAGUGUUUGCUCCUGAUCAAAUAUCUUUGUAAGGACAAUGCUAAUUUCUUCAACUUGCUAGCAUUUGUAGACAAAGUUCCGGUGAAAUCUGCUGCUUUUUAUUAAAUGUACUUGCAGACGCAUGGCUUUCUCCCAGGUCUGGCUGUGUUCUAGGUUACUGGUUGCUUCUGUUUUCAGAGAGGACUUGUGGGUGAGAGAAGGAAAGAUCCUAAACCCAGAGAAGCUGUUCUUUGAUGAAAAGAAACCUGCAGACGUCCAGCUGGACUGCAAGGGAAGCAUCCUGGCACCUGGCUUCAUUGAUGUGCAGAUCAAUGGUAAGGUAUCGGAAUAAUUCUAGUACAAGAGAACACUGAGGAUUAGGAUGGUUUAAGCAGUGCAGAAAUUGCUGCCUUGUAGAUUCGGCUUGUGUAGCCCAUGCUUGAAUCUUUUAAAAGCUUUGCCGUGAAAAUGUGACUUGCAGAAAAAGCAUAGAAGAGUUAGAUAAGAGAGGCAAGUUGGAAGAAAACAUUAUUUCAUAAUUUUGUGGGUUCUAAGCUUUUACAUAUAUAUGAGCAACAAGUAUCCCUUAGGAAGCCCACAGUCAUCAUAGAAUGAAAGAAUUGUAGAGUUGGAAGGGACCACUAUGGUCAUCUAGUCCAGCCCCCUGCAAUGCAGGAAUCUUUUGCCCCAUGUGGGGCUCGAACCCAUGACCUUGAGAUUAAGAGUCUCAUGCCCUACCAACUGAGCAAUUUUAGACUAUAUUUAGAUCAGGAGUGGGUAGCUGUUUUCAGCCGUCAGGAUCCACAUGACAUUGGUAGGUGAGACAACAAAUCUGAAUCUUAACAUUUGUACAGUUGGCUGCAGUUCAGCCACACAAAAGCCAGAGAUUUCUAGGCCUAUAUUUGCCCAUCUGGACAAGCAAGAGGCAUUUGUACAGUUCAAGGGAGCUGGAAAGCAGGAUCCCUCCACUCAACCAGUGAUAUGUUACUCCUGUACAUCUUCUGCUUCCAGAGACACCGUGGAUCAGCCAUCUCCAACCUGGUGCCCUCCAGAUGUUAAGGGCUACAACUCCCAUCUUUCCUGAACAUUGGCCAAACUAGCUAGGUUAGGGACAUGGGAGUCUGCAUCAACUACAUUAUUUAUUUAUGCAUGCCCCGCCCAUCUAGAGGGCACAUGGUUAGGGAUGGCUAACCUAGUUUUCAUAGCAUAGCCAGUCGCAACUUAUCUGUUCUUCCCUUCACACAGGAGGCUUUGGAGUGGAUUUCUCUCUGGCCACAGAUGAUGUGGGAGCAGGAAUCUCACUGGUUGCCCAGAAAAUAUUGUCUCACGGAGUGACCUCUUUUUGCCCGACCCUGGUGUCCUCACCAUCAUCUGUAUAUCACAAGGUAAGCAAGAAUAGGGCCCUAUGAAUACCCUUCCUUACUCAUGAGAUCUAAUGUUGCUCUAAGCAGCUUUUACACGCCUUGAACAACCUGUGAGUCGAACACAGCCAACCAUGUGUGGCAGCCUACAGAAGUGUGAUAAAUCUCCCAUCUUUGCUGUUUGCCUGGGAUUCCAAAAACAGAGCAGCAGAGUGAGGCCCACAAGAGUCUGACAUACCACAAUACAAAGCUGUGUUGUUCAUGUUGUUUCACAAAUUGUGAAGGCCUGGAUGAGCCUCUGAUAGUUGAGCUGCCUUCUGUGCCUAUUUCCAUCUAGAUGCACACACCCCAAACUCUUGUCCAUUUCUGUUCUUUCUCCUUAAAGCAGGCACAGGUUGGUCAAAUUAAUCCCAGUAGCAUUAGAAUUCUCUGGGAUCAUGGGAGAAGUCUUGCCUGUCGCCUGGUACCCGAGGUGGCUAGUUCCCAAUGAGACUGGUAGGGCAGAAGACAGGGAGCCCAACAGUAGGUGGCGCCAGAGCUAAUGACAGGCAGAGCCAACUUCUUCCAGUUUUGUCCCCAUCCUCUUCCCUACUGAAUUCUACAAGCACAACACUGACAGAAAGGAGAAGGCAUGGAGGAAGCUGCCUUUUCCUGACUCAUGCCACUGAUUUGUCAAGCUCAUUGCUGUCUACAUUAACUGGCAGCAAGUCUCCAGAGCUUUAGCAGGGGACAUUCCCAGACCUACCUGAGGAGGCAGGGGACAGAACCUAGGACCUCCUGCAUGCCUCUGAGACAGACAGUUCCACCCCCUGAAAUCGUAGCAGCUGUUUAAAGUGGUAUUGUAGUGCUUUAAAUAUACAGUGUGAAUGUGGUCUUUUUGUUCAGUCACUGAGCAACAGCUCCUCCCAUCUAAGGUGGAGUACCUCUUCAGCUCAUGUGUCCUUGUCUGUCUGUAGCCUUCCCAAAUGAGGAAGUAAAUGGUUGGACUCUAAACUGAGAUUGCUAGUUGUCAAACUUUAGACUGUUGAUAAGGUGCUGUUUUCAUGGACCUAUAUAUAUCUAUGUUUCCUAUCAAAUAACAACGCAUACCCACACUGGGAAUACAGAGCUUAACAGUUGUGGAGAAAAGAAAGAAAAACAGGGUGAUGGUUGUAGUUUUAGACGUUGCAAGAACAGCAGUCAAAUGGAAGUGUCUCUCCACAAGCUUCCAUGUGUCAAUGGAGGGUGAAAGACAUAUUUGAUUGUCUUAACCAAGUCAAUAAAGGGAUACCCGAUCAGGAGCUUAUGUAAUGAAACAGGGCUAAGGCCCAUUUUUCUAAGACUGUGAUAUCUCUCUGUCUCGUGGGGCUGAGGCCUUGUUGGUUUCAUGGGUCCAUGAGGCGACCAGGAAACUGGGCCCAGAAGAAGGUUUGUCCUGAAGUGCCUCUCUGACUAGGGCCCCAUCCGCACCAUACAAUUAAAGUACUCUGAUACCACUCUAAAGAGCCAUGCCUUCCCCCAAAGAAUCAUGGGAAGUAUAGUUUGUUAAGGGUGCUGAGUCGUUAGGAGGCUGCUAUCACCCUCAACGAGGUACAAUUCCCAAGGUUCCUGGGAUCCAACGCUGAGGAAGGAUCACUGGUCUGAGCCCCCACUCCAAACAGCCAAAGUUGACUCUUAAGGCAAGAUAGUUGGGAUGCUCUUUUAUUAUUUGUACUCAUGUGGGUUCAGGGCAAGCGAACGAUUGCAGCUAUGGGACCACACACUUUAGCCAAUUCAGCACUGAAUGUAGUGACAUCAGAUGACUUUAGUCCUGAGUUCAGAUGUCACCUUGGCCACAUACUCAGUGAGAUGGCUUGACUGUAUCCCAUCUGCAAAGUGGGAAUCUUGCCGGCCGCCCUUGCAGCAUGGUUUGAACAAGUUAAUUAUGCAAAGUGAAGUCAGCAGGCAAAGGCUUUCUGUUCAUACAUUUACAGCAAUGAUUAACUGUGAUGUUUCUGACGACUCCAGGUGCUGCCUCAGAUCUGCGUCAAAAAUGGAGGACUUCAUGGAGCUGGUGUCCUAGGUGAGUGUUACACCUACUCUCCCACAGGACAACAUCUACCAUAUUCGUUACCUUUAUAUUUCACCUUUCUUCCAUGGAGCUCAAGGUUGGAUACAUGGUUCCUUCCCCUGCCACUUUACUCUCACAGCAAACCUGUGAGGUAUGUUUGACUGAAAGACAGUGAGUGGCCAAAAGAGACCCUGUGAGAUUUAUGGCUCAGCAGAGAUUUGAACUCAGGUCUCUCCAUUCCUAGUCCACCAUUCCAGGGGUGGGGAAUCUCAGUCCCAGGAGCCAAAUGUGACUUAUACGCCUCUCUAUCUGGCCCUUGGGACACCCUUCCCAGGCCACGGCCUCUGCCCCCAGGCCUCACCCCUCACUGGCCUCUCCUCCUCCAGUGCUUUUUCUUGGAUGGAAUGUGUCCUGGAACUGUGUUGGUGCUUCUUGUUUGCCUGGAUGGAGCUUCGAGAGAGGGGAAUGAGGAGGAAGGCGAUGAAGACUCACAGAGUUGAUUGGCUCUGUAGGUCUGCCUUGCUGCAGGUUGGGACUUGCAGAAGAGGGCAUCAAUGUCCUCAUCCAAGAACAGGGAUGGGGAGCCUGUGGACCUCUAGAUGUUGGGCUUCAGCUCCCAUCAGCCUCAGCCCACUUGGCCAAUGGUCAGAGCAAAUGGGAGUUGUUUCCCAGCAACAUCUCCAGGGCUUCAGGUUCCCCACUCUGCUCUAGAACUCACCCAUCUCUUCUGCAAUGGGACAGGGGUUCAUCUGGAGGGUCCAUUCAUCAGCAAAGAAAAAAGAGGGGCACACCCAGAGCACUGCCUUCGCACCUUCGAGACGGGAGCCUUCCAGGAAUUGCUAGACACCUAUGGGAGCCUGGACAGCGUCCGUAUUGUCACCCUAGCACCCGAGAUGAAGAGGAGCAGUGAAGUGAUCAAGGAGCUCACCAAGUGCGGCAUCUGUGUCUCACUAGGUAAAUAUUGCCUCCUCUGCACGAGACCUUAAAGUUUGAGGUUUGGGAUCUGGCAGGCAGGGAACAAGCCUAGGUCCACACAUGUUUUGGAACAGCGGAAAUAAUAUUGUUCAUUCUAUUAUUGAUCGAAGGAUGCAUUUGGUGUGGGGGUUCCUGGAAGCGGAUCCAGAGUUUUCAUAUAUUAGAAAUGGGGAAAUGCAUUAUAUUUCCAACAGCUAGGAUGCCCACUAAAUAUUAGGAGUAUAGGAAGUUGUCUUCUGUUGAGUCAGACGUUGGUCCCUCUAGCUAAGUGCACUUGACACCUGAUUCUCCUUGAUCCUAGGUCACUCCAUGGCUAACCUGUCUCAUGCCGAGGAGGCUGUUCAACAUGGGGCCACCUUCAUCACUCACCUUUUCAAUGCCAUGUUACCUGUGAGUAUCAUCAAUUACUUCCAGCCCAUCAGGCCCCUUGAUCCAGCCCCUGAUCUUAAGGUGUCUUAAGAAUCUCCACACAUUUUUUACCUUACUGGAAAGCAAGUUUUUGGCCUUUCUGCUUGUGAAGCUACAUCUAAAAAUAUGGGAAUGAUGCCUUCUGAAUGCGGGGUGGGGGUGGAGGUCAACAAAUUUUAACUGGUGCCAUGACUGAGAAGACCCUGUAUCUGGUCCACCCCUACCCCUGCACUUGAGUCAGGGGUGGAGGAGGACCUGGAGGAGAGCCUUGAAUGAAGGAUUCCCAUUUCCUCUGCCUGCCAAUCUCCUUUCUUUAGCAGUUAAACAACACUCCGUGGGGCACCAUUCUGAUGCUCAUCCUGGUUUUGUCUACCUGCAGUUCCACCAUCGAGAUCCUGGGAUUGUGGGACUCCUCACAAGCGACCAGAUCCCCCCAGGUCAGAAAGUGUUCUAUGGCAUGAUAUCAGACGGCAUCCACACGAAUCCUGCUGCCCUGAGGAUCGCUCACCGGGCUGACCCUAAAGGUUUGUCCCAUUGGGCAGGAAAUCCCCUGAGUAGUGAAUAUGGAGUUAGUCUUGCUAGAUCGGUUCCCAGCUGCUGCCUGUAGGUACUGAGGAAACAGUGUGAUUUAUUCAUUUAUGUAUGUAUUUUAUUAGAUUUAUAUAUUACUCUUCAUAAAAAGAUCUCAGGGCUGUUCAAAAGAUAAAAGCACAAGAGAAAAGCACAAAUAGAAAAACAAUAGGACCCCCCCCAAAAAAAAACACAUAUAAAAGGCUGUAGAAUAUUGAUUAGCCAAAGACCUGGCUGAAGAGGAACAUUUUUGCUGGGUGCCUAAAGAUAUAUAAUCCAGGGGAGGUAGAGAGAGAUCAGCUGGAACAUGUUCAUUAGUGAGAGUGAGUCCACAUCUGCACUAUACAUUUAAAAUGGUAGUGAGGCAGUGUGAUACAGUGGCCAGAGUGUUGGGCCUAAGACCUGGAAGACCAGGGUUCUAACCCGCCGUCAGCUGUGAAGCUCACUUGGUGGCCUGGGACCAAUCACUGUUUCUCAGCACAACCUACCUUACAGGGUUAUUGUGAGGGUAAAACAGGAAGACACUACCUUAAGGUCCUUGAAGGAAAGGUGGGAUAUAAAUGUAAUAAAUAAACAAAUGCCACUUUAAAGCCAUCAUGGUUUCCCCAAAUAAUCCUGGGAACAGUGGUUUGUUAAGGGUGCAGAGAGUAGUUAUUCUCUUCACAGAGCUACAGUUCCCAGAUGAUUGCUUUAAAGUGCUACAUUAAACAAUGUAGAUGGGGCCUGAAAGAGUGGGGAGUCCAGCAACAUCUGGAGGGCCAGAGAUUCCCUAUUGUUGAGCUAAAAGAACCAAUGGCUUGGCAGUUCCUAUGUUCUUUGCUUACCUUUAUGACAAGACUGGAGUUAACGUGAGCCAAUUAUGUCCCUUUAGGUCUGGUCCUGGUGACAGAUGCCAUCCCAGGUAUGGGGCUUGCCCCAGGCAGGCACACCUUGGGCCAACAGGUAGUGGAGAUGGAUGGGCUAAACUCCUACAUUGCAGGUGAGUUCCCCAGAAUCCAGGUAGGGAGGACGGGACCCUGGACAACUUUCUCAUUCAGGGUUGGAGUGCAUGGCCUGACUUUUGAACCAUUAAGCUCCUGAAGGCCCAAACCUUGCAGAUACCAGGAACAACCUCCUUCCUGCAUGGCAUCACCAUGAUGUUGGCUGCGCAAACCAUUGCUCAGUGGCAGAGCAUCUCCCUUGCAUGCAGAAGGCUCCAGGUUCAAUCUCUGGCAUCUCCAGGCUGGGAAAGAUCUCUGUCCAAAACCCUGAAGAACAGCUGCGCUAGAUGGACCAAUGGUCUGGUUCACAAUAAAGGCAGCUUCCUGUCUUCCUACAUUGUGUGCAGCCCAUACUGGGCUCCAUGCUUUAUCCUGACUGCUAUGGUCACAAGCCAUGGACCAGUGCAAAUUGAAUCUCCCAGCAUAUGGGUGUGAUACCAGGAUAAGACAUUGCACACUUAGUCUUUUCCCACAACCUAGUGAUGGUGCAUUCUUAAUUAUACUGGCUAAACUUGAAGCAUUUUCCAGAGCUGUUGCUCAGGUUAAUGACCACAAGGGAAAAAGAAAAAUGCACCUUACAGAGAAGAAAGGAAUGAAGUUGUGUUGAAGUGCUGCAGACUCAAUCCUAACAGCUAGUCUACUCAGGAAUCAGGAAACUGGGCUCGCAUAUUGGCUUGUGUGAACAGCUUUCCAUUUAACUUUUUUCUUUCGUUCUCUCACCCCUGCCCUCUUCACAGGGACCAAAACGCUGAGUGGCAGCAUUGCAACCAUGGACACAUGUGUUCGACAUUUCAAGGAUGCCACUGGUAAGGCUGUUCUGUGUGGGAUGAGAAGGGGGAACCUGUGGCUGUCCAUACGUUCUUGGACGAAAUGGUCCUCCUGUGAAUCAGGAAUUGAUUAAGUAGCAGGAAGUAAAGAGCAGGAAGGAAUGGACAGUUCUUUGAAUGGAGAAAGUGGAGUCCCCCAAAGAUUGGGGCCUAUGCUUUUAAACUUGUUCUGGCCACAGUGAUUCAUGCAUUGGUAACCUCAAGACUCAAUUAUUGCAAUGCGCUCUAUGUGGGGUUACCGUUCAGUUUGGUCUGGAGUCUCCAGCUGAAGGAAAACGCUGCAGCUGGAUUGUUGAUGGGGACAGACUAUCCCUGGUGCUAAAAUGUUUGCCUUGGCUGCCCAUAGGUCUCCAGGUCAGGCUCAGGGUUCUGUUAAUAAUUUACAAGGCUCCAGGAUGCCUCAGGCAUCCCCACCAGAUCACUGAGGUCUUCAGGGGAGUUACUGCUAGUGGUCCUUCGUGGCUUGGCUGCACAGCUUGUGUCCACCAAUAGCCAUGCAUUUAGUAUUGCAUGCCCAAUUUUAUGGAACUCCCACUGGAGGUCAAACAGGCUCCCUCCCUGUCGAGCUUCUAGCACCUAGUGAAGGCUUCUUUAUUCCUGCACGUAUUUUCAUUGAAGUCCGAUUUCACCGUUUUAAUUGAUUUUGUUGUUGUUGUAUUCUGUCUUUGUAAACCAACUUAAAGACGGUUGUAGUUAAGCAAUAUGUAAAUUGCUUAAGCAAAUAAAUAAAAUGGUAGUGAUGGAUCUUCUCUCUUUUUCAGGUUGCUCUGUAGAGACAGCACUGGAAGCUGCUUCUCUACACCCUGCUCAACUCUUGAAAAUCGAGGACAGAAAGGGCACUUUGGAUUAUGACACCGAUGCAGGUAUUGGCCGUCAUUGGGAGAGCGAGUGCCAAACCUCCCACCCCUAAGCCCCUCCUGUGUGUGUCUUCUGCUGGAAAAUCCUCAGACUGAGGAGAGGGUCUCUUCCCCCCCCCCAUCAGGGAGAGCACAACAACUGGAGUAGGGUGUGAAGUUCUAGGGAGGGAGAGAGUAGGGCAGUUUCACUGGAAUCCUAGUGGACAGUUGAAGCUGUGCUUGGUGCAGCUAUGACUUUGGGAAGGGGAGGAAGCAUAGCUCUGCAAUAGAACCCAUUCUUCAUGAAGCACCCAGAUUCAUUCCCUAGCAAUCUCUAGUUUGAGGACAAAGAAGGUAACAUGUAAUGGGGAAGACAUUCCCCUGAAAUGCUGGAGAAUUACUGCCAGUAGGCAAUAGUAUGGCCUGAUAUAAGGCACAUUUGCCUGUUUUCUACUCCUUUAGGGAUUAUCGUGGAUCAGGGAUGGAGACCCUGUGACCCUGCAGAUGUUGCUGGACUCUCACCUCCCAUAACCUUUGGCCACCAGCAUUGGAAGGGCGACAGUUUCCCCAUCCCUGCCCUCACAUCAGUCUCCACCAGAUGCACCUGUUUCAACAGGCACUGUGCCAAAUAUGCAAAAAGGAAAUGGCCCUGAGCAUUGUUGGGAGUGCUUGGGGGCUGGUCCAUUAGAGCAAAUGGGGCACUGCCUCACUAACUUUCAGACUGCCAUGCAACUGCCUGCCUUCUAACUUACAUCCACUCCAGGUGGAUGGCACUGCCUGCCAGUUUCCCCCUCCUUAGUCUCAGUGUUGCCUUUCUAGAACUCAGCAGGGAGGAGGAAAGGUUAUAACACUAGAGGGAGUUGGCUCCACCUGUCAUUGGCUCUGGCUCAGCCUAUCGUUGGCUCUGGUUCCACCUACUGUCAGGCUCCCCACCUUCGACCCCAUCAAUCCCAGCAGGUGCCAGCUGCCAAUGACCCACUGUAUCCCACUUCCUCUGUUGAGUGACAUAAAUUUAUAUUCCAUACAGAUUUCCUGUUGCUGGAUGACAACCUCCAUGUUCGGGCAACCUACAUUGCAGGCCAGCAGGUCUGGAGGCAGGACAGCUUUGCCAUCUAA